AGUUACCUUCAGAAGUCAUGCUAUUCAAAGCAUGGAGAAUAUCCUCUGUUUUCGAAACAGCUAUACUGACACAGGGCUGAGCCCUGACUCACCUUGCUUGGAUGGAUAUUGACCACAACUGCAUUUACUUGAGUGGGUUGGGGUUGUUUAUGCUGUACUUUUUCUAUGUGGUAUCGAUGCUGUGUUUGUCAACCCGUGGGAAAAAUAAUGACAUCCAAAAGCAUCAAGGCAGAGCCAGGAGGAGAAGGAAAGGUGGGACAUUUAAAGACCGGAAAAGUUUCCAGAGGGAAGCAGAAGAGGAAAGGAAGCUGCUUUCUAUUCUGAAAAGCUUUGGACCUCCUGUUUCCUGCAGUCUCCUGGGCCAGCAUCAUGAUACCAUCCGCUUUCGUCGACUGUUAUGCCCAGACCCUGUCUGUCAGGUGUGUAACAGAGCAACUGCUGAUAUCCAGCGACUGCUGUCUCGGGAGUCCCUGAAAGAUGCUGCUCCCUGUGUAUCCCCUUUGGCUUCUGCAGCUUCUGUGACUGAGUCAUCGUUCACUCUGUCUUCUGCCCCCUCAGCAAUUCCUCCAGAAGACUUAAUAUUGUCUCCUCGGCCUAAGCCCUCUCUACUGUCCCUCUUAAUUCUCUCACAUGACCCGAUCACCCCCUUAGCUGACUUAUUUUCACCCUCACCUCUGAGGCACCCUCUGCCACCACAGCCUGUUUCUCCCCUGGAUUCCAAGUUCCUCGUGGACCAUUCCCCACCCCAACAGCUUACCUCUCCCCUUCUCCCACCACAUCACAUUCAGAAAGCGGAGCCCAAUCUCCACCCUGAGGCCAGUUUGUCUCUGAACACCAUCUUUUCAUUUGACUCCACCCUAUCCCAAGAUAUGAACCCCUUACCAAAUGUUUACCAGGCCAUGAAUCCAACUGAUUCAUGCACUUGUCAUCAUGAACCACCAACCCCAACUGCUUUACCACUGCAGGACUGCACUGUAACUCAGUCUAAAGCAAGUCCCACAGUAUUGAAGCCUUUUCCAGAGACGUUAUCUCUAGGUAGCUCUGGUGGGACAGAAUAUGCCCCAACAAUCAGAGGCAUUGACAUUCAUGCCCUGCAUCUUCAGAAUUCUACUGGUGGCAGCCUCAUGGCAAGGACUUGUUUCCCUCCACUAUUGUACCAUCUGAUUUCGUGCAAGAGCUUCUUACCUUUCACUAUUCUGAUGCCACUAUAG